AUGUGGUUCAAAGUUUACUUCAGCUCCAAGCUGAACAUCGUAGACGCCUGUGUUGUUGUAAUCACGCUGGUGGUCACCAUGAUCUACACCUUCACCGACCUGACAGGAGCCAGUCUCAUCCCCAGGGUGGUGACGUUUCUUCGUUUCCUGAGAAUAAUAAUCCUGGUGAGGGUUUUCAGGCUGGCAGCUCAGAAGAAAGAGCUGGAGAAGGUCACCAGAAGGAUGGUUUCUGAGAACAAGCGGCGUUAUCAAAAGGAUGGAUUUGACCUUGAUCUUACCUAUGUCACAGACCGAGUCAUCGCCAUGUCUUUUCCCUCCUCUGGGAAGCAGUCAUUCUAUAGGAACCCAAUCAGGGAAGUGGCGAGGUUCCUAGACACCAAACAUGAAGGCCACUAUAAAGUUUACAACCUGUGCAGCGAGAAAGGCUACGACCCUCAGUUCUUCCACUACAGAGUUGAACGGGUUUUCAUUGAUGACCACAACGUCCCUUGCUUGGAGGACAUGCUGAAAUACACAGCCAGUGUGAGGGAGUGGAUGUCUGCUGAUCCCCAAAACAUCAUUGCUAUUCACUGUAAAGGAGGGAAAGGACGAACAGGUACUAUGGUCUGCACCUGGCUUAUUGACAGUGACCAGUUUGAGAGUGCUCAAGACAGUCUGGAGUAUUUUGGUGAGAGGAGGACAGACAAGAGUCGGAGCUCCAAAUUUCAGGGAGUGGAGACUCCCUCUCAGAGCCGGUACGUGGGGUACUACGAGAUCAUGAAGAACAGUUUCAGCAGACAGCUGCCUCCACCAAAAAGCCUCAGGAUCAAGAGCAUCCGUGUCCACUCCAUAGCAGGUGUGGGUAAAGGUGAUGGCAGUGAUCUCAAGGUGAAGAUAAUAGUGAAGAAAGAGCUUGUAUUUCAGUGUGUGUGUGCAAAACAGGAGAACUGCACAGUGUUUCCUGAUGUGGGCAACAAUGCAGCAGUCAUUAGCCUACAGAAUGGGCCUGUAGUUGAAGGGGAUGUGAAGGUCAUGUUUGAAUCAAGUGCUGGUCUGCCAAAAGGGUAUGAAGAUGUUCCGUUUUACUUCUGGUUCAAUACCUCCUUCAUAGGGGAUAACAAGCUGUUUCUACCAAGGGAAGAGCUGGACAACCCGCACAAACCAAAGACCUGGGACCUGUACAAAGAGGACUUUGGUAUCACUAUGUUCUUCUCAGAACCAUAA